AUGGAUGUUUCCCAAAUAGCCCAGGGUGAGGUAAAACUGAAGUACCAUGCGGACAAACCUCUCGCUCUACUGAGCGGAUUAAAUUCGUUCUACUACUAUUUGACAUUGAGAUAUAGAAACAAGAGUGCCUUGGAUAGGAUAAGCGCCAACGUCAAUGUGUCCUUUGCUUUUACUCAUCAUUACAAGAUCGUCGGCUGCGAUAGGGGGACACCAAGUCUGUUUGACGGAGAAAAGAACAAGCAGUAUUGUGCUAUUAAGCCGAUGGGAAACGGUAUAGGGAAUGUAUACGAAUGCGUAUAUGAUGGUGUGCGAGACGGUAGGCAGACUGGUAUCCACUGCGAACCAGACGAGGAGUUGCUACCGGGCAACUGCGACUCCGCAGGAUACGAUCUCUAUUCCAAUAGAAUAAUGCCAUUCCCCGGAUUCAUUAGAAGUGUGACGCCAUACCCCAUUCUGGGAUUUAAGGUUUUGGGCUUUGAAAUUCGGCACAACCCUGCAAGUUAUGCUUGCAUCUGUGUCAAUGAACGUGGUUACGAAACCUCAAGGAUUAUCGUUAAGUAUAACCCCAACAAAAAUUAUGAUUACACAGUGCGACGCGAAAACGAUCGGCUCACGUCACUCCCGCACAUAUUGCUGCCUUGGAGUGAGGCCGGGCUAUUAGGUAAAGGAACCCGGUCAACAAUGUCGCUUGCGCUACACCAUGAACCACAGCAAGCCAUUAAGAUACAAGUGGGCACAACGUUGUCCUUAUAUCGUGGUUUGAGCCCCAACGCAUUGCUUGCGAAUCGAUUAAGUAAAAGCAUCACCAAUGUAGAAGAUACACCACACACAACUUGGUUGCCCGCGGAUCCUCAAGAAUUCUAUUUUACCCUCCACCCUACAACAAAUGAACGAGACGUUAUGCGAAAGAGAUACGACGACGUGAUUACCGGCACUACGGGCGGUUUUCGCGUCGCUUACAACGACGAAGUCGCAUCCGGCCGAGUGUCGCCAAGUACGUCGUUAAGUACCGUGUGA